UUAAUAAAUACCUAGUCAAAUUCACCUCAAUUAUUAGUUUACCUGACAAUGCAAAACUAGAAGUUUUCGGUACUUAUUUGAGUUCCUAUCUCCAUCAAAAUUCAUCUCAUCCAACAGUAGGGAUUUGAGGUAUUCAAAUUCUCACACGAAUAAGCAUCAGAAAAACAAACAAAAUUAAAAAAAAGUCCAACUAGCCAGUAGAAGCUCUUGUCGGCAUAUGCAACGGUUUCAGAAUCCAAGGGAAAGCAGAAAAAUCAGACUACUUCUUAUCCUGAGAGCAGUGGCUCAUUCACAUUCACAUUCUCAUUCUCCACAAACAUACUCUUUUAAAUCUUUGUUUGGCAGGCAGCUGCUCUGUCAGUUAGUUCACUCGAAAAAAUUCGGGGACAAAUGCUUACCAAAAUCACCCUAAUCAUCCACUCAAUCUCAUACAUGAUUCAGGUUAUCAAUGCUUGAAUGCCUCCAUUCUUGGAUCGUGGGUUAACUCAUUCUGCUGUUAUCUGAUUUCCCCACUUGAAAAUAUGGUCUAUUGGUAACUCCCAAACUUGUGUUAGACACCUGAAACCACAACAUAAGGCAUACUGCCUAAAUAUAGCUAUGAUCUAGUUCGGCAAUGAUUGGCCAAAUUAUCAAUGCACAUUCGUCUGGGAUGGGGUCAAAUUCUCCAGUGACAUUUUGCAAGAAAAGCUAUUCAUUUGUGUGAUGUAUUAGGGUGUUAGGCUGAGAUCCCAAAUCAUGAGCACUGUAGUGGCAAUUUCAGUUUGAAACGACAUCUCAGGACAGGCUCUUGCAUACCCAUUCUUCCAAAGGCCAAAAGUUGCACACCCAUUUAAUAUUGAUAUGAUUUGAGGAGAAUAAGUGAGUGCCCACAUGAUAAAAAGCUGUAUAUUAGGAGGAAUGAUUACCCCUAUCUAAUGCCGACUGAUAACUGAAGUUCUUGACUGUAUUGUCUGUUGGGUUUUCACUCAUGAGCUGCUUCUGAUCUAGCUUGGAGACAUUGUGGGGCUAUAGAAUCAUUUGGAUCCUAAAAUGUUUGCAGCGGGGAGAACAGGAGGCGGAGGAGGAGGCAGGAUGCCAGGAUCCCCACCCUCAAGGGUCUCGAAUGCUCAAGAGCAUGAUCCAGAGUCACCUCCACUUGGGAAGAGGCCAGGACCUUGGCCCCCAAGGGCACUGGGCAUAGAAUCUGGCGGGAAUGAUCACAAUCCAAAGGAUAUGGGCAAUUGGGCUAGAAGAACAGGCUUCAAGACUACUGUCUCAACUGAAAGCUUUGUCUCUUCACCAAACACCAGUAAAGAGAUCGGCAAUGCAGGUAAUCCUAUUACCUCCCCUCCCGUGCUUCCCAAGCCUCCUGGAUAUGCAAAUCGAGGUGUUAGUGCUUUUGAUCUUGAAGCUGGCCCUACUCCAACAGCGACUUUUAAGGCAACGACGCUUUCAAAUGGCAUGGAUGACACCACUCAGAAAAUCAAGAAGCCAUCACAAGUUCAAAAGCCGGAAUUAGCUCCUCCAGAUGCACUACCAACAGCAUCCACACCUUUUCCUAUUGCUGUUCCAGCAGAAAAGAAAGCCUUGAAUGCUGAUAAGAACAAUGGGGUGUUGCCCAGCAACAGUCGUCCUAAGCCAGAACCUGUUAGAGUAAACAGAGACAGAGACCCUGAACAGGACCUUGUGUCGGAGGAUGCUGAAGAAAUGAUGGCUAAGCAGUCUCACUUGAAGUAUGAUAUUAGAGAGACUCCUGGAAUUGUGUCACUUAUACUAUAUGCACUUCAGCACUAUAUUUCUAUCAUAGGAUCUCUUAUCCUAAUUCCCCUGGUGAUUGUACCUGCGAUGCAUGGGAGCGAUGAGGAUACAGCGAAGGUUGUGUCAACUGUGCUGCUUAUCUCUGGCAUCUCAACCCUUUUACAUUCCUUUUUUGGUUCGAGGUUACCACUAGUACAGGGAGCCUCUUUUGUUUAUCUUGCACCAGCUUUGAGUAUCAUUUUUUCCAAUGAGUUUUCUGCUAUGAGUAAAAAUAGAUUUCAACAUACCAUGAGAGAGCUGCAGGGAGCAAUGAUUAUUGGAUCUGUCUUCCAGUUCAUUUUAGGCUACAGUGGCCUAAUGUCAGUUUUUCUUAGGGUAAUCAAUCCCGUUGUGGUUGCUUCUACUGUGGCUGCUGUUGGGCUGGCAUUCUUUACCUAUGGUUUUGCUGUGGUUGGCACUUGUGUGGAGAUUGGUUUGCCUCAAAUUCUUAUUAUUGUGUUAUUUUCCCUGUAUCUCCGAAGAGUCUCAAUUUUUGGUAACCGAGUCUUCCAAGUAUAUGCGGUUCCAUUAGGGCUUGCAAUUACAUGGGCAUAUGCAUUUCUACUCACAGAAGUUGGGGUUUACAACUUUAGAGGUUGUAACAUGAAAGAGGCAAUUUCUAGCAUUAAAAAUGAAAGAUGUCGGAAGCAUGUUUAUACAAUGCAACAUUGCCGAAGUGAUGUUUCAGAUGUUCUUAAGACAGUUGCUUGGGUUAGAGUUCCUUACCCCUUUCAGUGGGGUGUUCCUACUUUCCAUUUCAAGACUGCAGCAGUUAUGAUAGUGGCAACUAUUAUUGCAUCUGUUGAUUCGGUUGGGACAUACCAUGGGACAUCUCUUUUGGUAGCAUCAAAGGCACCAACACCAGGUGUUGUUAGUCGAGGAAUUGGUUUGGAAGGCUUGACUAGCUUGUUGGCUGGCAUUUGGGGCACUGGUACAGGGAUGACGACACUCACAGAGAAUGUACAUACUGUGGCUGUAACAAAGAUUGGGAGCCGGCGUGCUGUGGAAUUUGGGGCAUAUGUUCUGAUUGCUUUGUCAUUCGUUGGUAAGGUUGGAGGAUUCGUGGCCUCCAUGCCCAAAGUAAUUGUUGCUGGGCUAUUAUGUUAUAUGUGGACUAUGCUUGUUGCUCUGGGUCUGUCAACCCUAAGAUACAGUGCAACUGGAAGCUCACGAAAUAUGUUAAUAGUGGGACUAUCUUUAUUUCUCUCGUUAUCAAUUCCAUCUUAUUUUCAGCAAUAUGGUAGAGGACAUAGCACCAACUUGGAAAAACAGUUCCAGCCAUACAUGGUUGGUGCAAAAGGCCCCAUCCAAACUGGUGCUUAUGGGCUUGACUUUUUCCUCAACACAGUUUUUUCCUUGCACAUGGUCAUUGCAUUUGCUGUAGCAUUGAUUUUGGAUAAUACUGUUCCUGGAAGUCGACAGGAGAAGGGGGCCUACAGCUGGUCUCGUUCAAGUGGAGCAAGAAACGAGCCUGCUGUAGUCAAGGACUAUGGUUUGCCAUUUGGGCUUUCAAGAUACUUCUUAUGGGCACGAUGGGUGGGGCUGUAAUUUGUUUCUGUAAAAAAUCUGGAAGGAGGAAAUGCUAUCAAAUUUGUAAAAUGUUUAGAGCCAGAUUUGGAUACUUAUGAUAGAUACGUACAUAUAUUUGAUUCUAUUUCCUAGUAACGAUAUCAUUUUUGGAGAAGGUAAAUAUUUGUUCCAGGGACUGGAUUCUUAGCAAGGUAGGCAGUCUAUGCUGAGUCCUUUGAAGAAUUUUCAUCCUAGACAUUCUUUAUGUUAUUCUGCAGCACAGCUGCAGAAAACAUCUAUUGUCCAUAAUGAAGAGAAUUUGCAUCUUGCCAAGGUAUACAUCUUGAAGUAAUUAAAUCAAUACCGUUUUUCA